CCACCCGGAAGUGAACUCAGAGGAGGCGCCGCGUCCGAAGAAAACAACCGCUAAAAGCUAAUAGGCUACCAUAGAAAAGUCAUGUCAUUAACAACAGUGACGUCCAAACACAGAGUCAGAGCCAUCUGCAGACUGCAUAGAAUACAAGGACACAUGAUGUCCAGUAGCGUGGAGCCUGAGGUCCUCCUGGAGAAAGUGGGCCGGACUGGUGUGAUCACCUUGAACAGACCAAAAGUGCUGAAUGCCCUCAAUUUGACGAUGAUACGAGCCAUCUACCCUCAGCUCAAGCAAUGGGAGAGUGGUGACGACACAGACCUUGUGAUCAUCAAAGGGGCAGGCGGGAAAGCCUUUUGCGCCGGUGGGGACAUCAGAGCUAUUACUGAAGCGGGGAAAGUUGGCGAUCCCCUUGCGAAAGUGUUUUUUCGUGAAGAAUACAUCCUGAACAAUGCUAUAGGGACAUGCAAAAAGCCAUUUAUUGCCUUUAUUGAUGGAAUAACAAUGGGAGGGGGAGUCGGUCUCUCAGUUCACGGACGUUUUCGAGUGGCCACAGAGAAAACCAUGUUCGCCAUGCCGGAGACCGCCAUCGGUCUGUUCCCCGAUGUUGGCGGGGGUUACUUUCUCCCGAGGCUUCAGGGAAAGUUGGGCCUGUUUCUGGCUCUGACUGGCUUCCGCCUCAAAGGCCGUGACGUGCACAGAGCUGGAAUUGCUACUCACUUUGUUGAGUCCAAAAAGAUGUUAGACCUGGAAAAAGAAUUGAUAGACUUGAGGUCACCCUCUGCUGACAAUAUCUCCAGAGUGUUAAACUCGUUCCAGAACGAGAGCAGCCUUGAUCUUGAGAAGCCUUUUAUCCUGGAGGAACACAUAUCUGACAUUGAAAGGCUAUUCAGCUCAAGCAGUAUGGAAGGCAUUAUGCAGAAUCUGAAGGCAGACGGCUCUGACUUUGCAAAGAGGCAAGUGGAGACAUUGUCCAAGAUGUCGCCCACGUCGCUGAAAAUGACCUUUAAGCAGCUCCAACUGGGCGCCACUCUCAGCCUGCGGGACGUGUUGGUGAUGGAGUAUCGCUUGAGUCAGGCGUGUAUGCGGGGCUGUGACUUCUACGAGGGUGUCCGGGCAGUUCUGGUCGACAAGGACCAGAGUCCUAAAUGGAAACCGUGCACCCUGGAGGAGGUAACUGAUCAAAGUGUCGAAGAAUGCUUCUCAUCACUCGGAGAAAUGGAUCUCUCUUUGUAAUGUCUGUUGGCAUUUUCAAAUGUACUGUCAUUUCAUCCAAGAUUUCUGAUUUUGAAAUCGGUCGUGGAACAAAAGCUUGCAAAUGAUCACCUCUCGCAAAAUCCCAACAUAACAAAAAAAGGUAACGCAAAAGAGAAAGUAAUCAGUGGCUACCAGUGAUUGACCGUAAUGGUUUUUUCAGGACUGAUACCGAUUAUUAGUAGUUAGACGGGCCGAUAACCGAUUCUUCAUUUGCAGUAAAAGUUGGCGUUAAAAAAUUGAAUAACGCAAACACUGAACGUCAUUGAAAUGCCUAAAGCAUGUUUAGAAAAUAAUAAGGGGUGGCGUUCCCUGGCUCAGUGGUAGAGUAGUCGUUCCCCAAUUCAGAGGUUGUGGGUUGGAUUCUCUGCUCUGAUGAACUCGUCUAAGUAUCCUUGAGCAAGAUACUAAACCCCACGUUGAAGAUGAGGAUAUGGUAUGAAGUGCUUUGAGGGAUUUAAAAGAGUGGAAAGGCACAAUGCAAGUGUAACUCUAUUUACCACUACCAUUUAACCAAUCAGAGGACAGGGUAAAUACUCGUAGUGCUGGAGAGAGGUGCGGCUGGAUCUGAGCUGAAAUAACCCACUUAUAAAAGGAUUUUUUCAUAUCAACCAGUCGGAUUAAACAUUUUUUUAAAAAGAGCCCAAUACCGAUAUGCGUCAAAUAUCGGCCCCGAUAAUCGGUCUAUCUCUAGUUGCUACCUUUACAUGCGCUCAAUAUUUAGGUUCAUUACUUUACCCAGAAUUUUGUGUUAACAUUCAUAGUUUUGUAAUUGUCAUUUUCCUGCCUGAAGUACGAUGCACAUCACGAAAAUACGUGAAUGUGGCCUUUUUCACAUUCCGUUGAACUCGACUAACUUGGAACUAAACCAUAUAAAUCUGGCGAUCCUGCUACUUUUUAAUGGCAAUAGAAGACUAUUUUAAGUCGUUUGUAUUGUUUUUCACUAUGUAUUAUGCAGUAACAACUACUUCGCUUACUCAAAAGAUUAAGAUUCUUUGGGAAUGGAGCAUGCAUAGGACAUCAAUGACUCCUUUUAGAAGGAAUAGCACGAUUGUCGUAUACUCGGCCAGAUUUAUGGGUUAGAAAACUGGUUUGCUAAAGGAGAGAGAAAGUGAAAGAGACAGCGGGCUUCAGAUGCGCCCCCCCCAACAUUCACCCGUGCCUCCUCAGAAUACGGAAGUCAACUAUAGAGACUUCUGAAAAGUAUAUGGUGGAAAACACUCAGGUGACUUAAAAUUCCGCACUGAAACCCCCAAUUAUGCUAAAUUUCAAAAUUGUCUUAUAUGCACGUGUGAUACAUCAUUGAAAAGCUUAAAAUCUCAAUUUUCUGGGGGGGGGAAGUAACAUUUUUAACAGGAGGGCAUUUGAAAAAAAAAAAUAAAUAAACAGCAAAACCCUAACUGGAGCAGAAUAAAAGACCCAAUGAUUUUAACGAGAUAUUAUCGCGUACUUACCUCUUUUCGAUCCAAAAACUCCAUGUCACCAAGUGUCAAGACACAACUGUGAAUUGCCACAGCCAGAUUUUGGUGGGAUUUUAUGGGUGAAACAUGGUAAUAUAACAAGGGUCGCGAUGCAGAUAUCGAGAUUUUCAUUUUCAUAUAUUGACCCUUUAAAACAUUUUUUUUUUUUUUUUCCAAUUUGUCUUUGUUUGGAUCGAUUAUUUAUCAUCUAAAAUAUUGGAGAAAAUGCGACAGUAACGAAAAAGAUACAAUUAAGCGAUAGUUAUGAGCAGUGUUGUUAAUAACGGCGUUACAAUAUAACGGCGUUACUAACGGCGUUAUUUUUUUCAGUAAUGAGUAAUCUAAUUAAUUACUUUUCUCAUCUUGGCAACGCCGUUACCGUUACUGAGGCGGGAAAGGCGUGCGUUACUAAGUUGGUUGAAUAAAAAAAAGUCUGAGAGAAACGGACUCACGGGGACGAGAGCAGAGCAGGAGUGGGGAAGACGCCGUUGCAACCGCGAUGCUAGGUGGCUCCAAUAAUACCUGACUGCAGCCAUAGCCGACAAACUACACCCACAUGACAAGGUAGAUAUAAUAUUAUAGAACUAGAUGCAAAUGACAGACACUGCUGCAUUGCCAACAUGUUUUAAGGACUACAUGCGUUUGUAAACAGCCGCCAUCUUAAAGCAGUAGACCUCUCAGGAAGGCCCUGAUGUAGAGAUCCUUCCUAGUGUAGCGCCUCUCUAGUGUGACAAACUAUUAUGAGAGGUGGCUAACCUGAGUUCUUUCCCUUUUUAGAAAAAUCACAAUUCAAUUAUCUUAAUUCUUACUAUCUGUUAUAUAGGCAUUCACUGUGAAUUUUGAAAAUAAAUAUUUUCUAUUAAAUUAUCAGUGUUCGAUUUCUUUUCCCUAGUUUCUCAUUAUUGCAGUUUAAAAUUCCAAUUCAACCCUCACAAACCUCUUACCAAAUGGCUUAAUAAACACACCAGUUAUGUAUGAACUAUAUACAUUUAAUGAAAAAUAUAGGCAGUUGUUAAAUAAAAUUUGUUCUCCAAAAAAAAAUAAGUUUUAACACAAAUUGUCCACACACACAAGCUAAGCUAUGGGCCCAGAUUAAUAAGUCUAAAGCCGGCAAAAAUUAACUAAAUUUGUCUUACGUGGCUGGCCAGAUUCGCUGCUUGCGUGCGUAGUAGCCUUAAACAAAAUGGCUCCUUCACCCAAAGGCAAAAAUAACUGAGGGUACCUUAAUGAAUCCCGUUUUCUCCAAACACUCAGAAAGGCAAAUGUUCGUUGAACAGGCGAUGCUCCACUCUCUCACGAUGCCCGUAGAAUCCCUCUCCGUCGGCGGGUCGGCGUCGUCCUCCUCGUCGGCUUCGGCGUCGAGUGUCCCUUCUCCCAGUUGGUUCGUCCACAAACGCUUCGCUCACUUGUUUAGCAGGUCGCUAGACGUUUAGCCAAGUGUUGGGGCUCACCACGAGUCUCUUUGUUAGUGACGGGCGUCGCUAGCUUCUCGGUUAGCGACGCGCGGCCGUUAGCCUCUGUGUUAGCGACGAGCGACUGUUAGCCUCUUUUUUAGCGACCAGCUCCACUCGUCCCGCUUGAGUAGACCACUCAAAGCAUCCAACAAUGAUGGUUGACGUCCUCAAAGUCCUCUUUUUGAGCACUUUCGCCAAAAGUCAAUCAACAAAGUCCACAAUUUCUCAGCUCUUGCACUCGGCCGUUCCCAGACGUCUUUCCCCUCAGCCUUCUCGAACGUUCUUCCUCUCUCUCUCUUCGCUCGCUCUCACGCAACCCCGGAAGUCCUUACUCCCAAACGGUCAUGCAAUCAACAUUUUUUAAAUCUAAAUAUACAUCUCUUUUUACAUAUAAUUGUGCAAAACAUCUCAAAAACUGUUUAAAUGAAAAAAUAAAUUACAAACAUGAAAUAAUUUUACAGAAUAGAUUUUUUGCUCAUAAUAUAUAGUAAACACAUAACUUGGUGGUUAAUGGAUGUAAACCUUAUAAACUUUUAUUUCUCCAACUAUUAAUAUAACAUUUGUUUGAAAAUACUGAUGUAUUUUUAACUAUGUUACACCCUCCCCCUUUUAAAAUGUCUGUGUCCUCACCAGACACUAAAUUUGGGCACUGGUUUGGGAAACAAUUUAAUGUUUACCGAUCUUAAUGACAAUACCACGGUGAACUAUAGUCAAAGGCUUUUCACUAGGUUUACCGAGCUCGUCAUAUGUAAGUCUAAGAGUAGGUUUACGGAGUCUUUUAGAAUCAGGCUUAGAACGAGUCUUGGGUGCUAGACUGCCUUCUGAAUCUUCAUUCUUGGGAACUUCUUCAUCUGACUCCAACUCCACUUCAUUUUCCUCUUCUGAAUUGUCAUCACAUUCCUCAUCUAUCUUGUCUUGAGAUUCAUGGGUUAUACUUUCUGGAUCCAAUCCAUCCUCUUCCACAGAUUCCUCUUCAAGAUGCUCCUCUUCACUUAAAUCCAGAUCUGACUCCGAGUUUUGGUCAUGUUGGGAUUCAAAGAUAGGAUCAUGGUCGAAUUCAAUGUCAUUCUCUGUAUUCUCUGAUCUAGCAGCUUUCCUCACUCUGUGUGCUGUAGGUGACUUGGCAGUUUGGGGAAUAAUGAAAUACUCCAUAUCAGACGAUGAAUCUGAGGUUUCUUGUAGCUCUCUUGUCUCUAGACUUGGAACUCUCUGAUGAUUUCUGGAGCUUUUUGAUCUGGUCUUGGGCCUGGCAGGUGGCUCUUCAGCCUGGCACUCAGAUGGCAUUCUAACAAACUGUCCAAUAGGCAGAAGAUGAUCCCUGUGGAUUGUCUUUGUCCCUGGCCGUCCAUCCUCGCGUUUGAUUUUGAACACAGGCAGAUUUGGCAUCCUUCCUAUUACAACAUAGGGUUCAGGAUUCCACUUGCUCUCUAACUUGUGUUUUCCUCUCAGGCCCAAAUUUUGGAGUAGAACUCUGUCGCCCAUCUCUAUGGACUGAAAAGUUACUCUCCGGUCAUACAGUUUUUUGUUUCUCUGGUGUCUUUUGUCUGCAGCAUCUGAGGCCAACUUGUAUGCUUGCUUCAAGUCUUCCUUUAGCUUUGCGACGUAGCGACUGUGGCAUGUGCUCUCUAUGCCAUCAGGGGACGUACCAAAACAGAGAUCAACGGGUAGUCUCGCUUCCCUACCAAACAUUAGGUGAUAAGGCGAGUACCCCGUUGAAUCACAUUUUGUGCUGUUGUAUGCGUGGACGAGAUAGGGCACAUGCUGACUCCAGCUACGUUUUUUCUCUCGACCAAGCGUACCAAGCAUGGAGAUCAGAGUUCUGUUGAACCUCUCUGGCUGUGGGUCACCUUGAGGAUGAUAUGGCGUGGUUCUUGAUUUUCGAAUACCCAUCAGGUUCAACAUUUCUUUUAUCAGACGACUUUCGAAGUCUCUACCUUGAUCAGAAUGGAUUCUUGCAGGAAGUCCAUAGUGCACAAAAUACUUUUCCACAAGUGUCUUUGCCACAACUUGUGCCUUUUGGCUUUUAGUCGGAAAUGCCUGUGCGUAUCUGGUGAAAUGGUCAGUGACUACUAGGACGUUACUGAUCCCCUUUGAGUCUGGUUCCAUUGAUAGGAAAUCCAUGCACACCAAAUCCAUGGGUCCAUGGCUUAUGAUCUGUUGCAACGGAGCUGAUCUUUGUGCAGAUGUCUUGUGUGUGACACACUCGCCACAAUUUCGGAUAUACUCUUCCACUUCCGAUGCCAUUUUGGGCCAAAAAAAUCUACUCCGGAGCAGAUCAACAGUUUUUUCUUGUCCAAGGUGCCCAAGAUCAUCAUGCAUGGCUUGCAUAACAUUCUUGCGGAAAAUUUUAGGAAGAACCAGUUGACUGACCUCUUCUCCAGAAGGUUUUUUGCUUAGGCGGUACAACAAUCCAUCUUUUAACGAAAGUUUUCCUGCUUCUCUUUGAAGUCUAACUAUUUCAGAAUUUGUGGGUGCAUCAGGCCAGUGUCCAUGCUUUAUGGCCUUUCCAGCUUCUCUGAUGGCUUCGUCUUCCUCUUGAGCUCUUGUCAGACUUUGCUUUGACAUCUGUUCAAGGGAAUUCAACUGAAUUUGUGUGGGAUGUGCAUACAGGUCUGGAAUGCACUUGGACGAUGCACCUAACUGAGCGACAUACACUGGUGUAGUAUAGGUGGGUUCUGAAUUGCAGGCAGGAUGACAAAGAGUCUUGACCCCAGACUGUGGUAUCGUCACCCAAUCGUCAUCUUCAGAAUUGACUUGGUUUCUUGACAGCAGGUCAGCGUCGAUGUUCUGUCGGCCUGGUCUAUACUGGACAUCAAACUCAUAUGUGGACAAGGCAGCGAGCCAACGGUGCCCCACCGCAUUGAGCUUGGCAGUUGAUAGUACGUACGUUAGAGGGUUGUUAUCAGUACGUACCGUGAAUCUUGCUCCAUACAAAUAGUCAUGGAAUUUGUCCACAACUGCCCACUUAAGGGACAAAAACUCCAACUGAUGAAUAGCGUAGUUUCGUUCAGAUACGCUUAACUUUCUGCUUGCGAAAGCAACCGGGCGCAGACCUUCUGGGUAUUCUUGGUAAAGUACUGCCCCAAGUCCCUUCAAGCUUGCGUCCACAUGCAGAAUGUAAGGCUUUUGUGGAUUUGCGAAAGCCAAUACAGGUGCAUGGGUUAGGCAAUGUAUGAUUUUGUGGAAUGCGUCAGUGCAAGACUUGUUCCACCUUUCUCCAAAAGGCUCUGACUCUUUCAGAUAGACUUUGUUUGGAUCGGGGGCUUUCUUCUUACUCUUCUGAGUAGGUGCAUAGCCUUUGGUGAGUUCAGUCAGUGGCCUGACUAUUUCUGCAUAACGUUGGAUGAAUCUUCUGUAGUAGCCACAAAAACCUAGAAACGAUUGCAGCGUCUUCAGAUUUGUUGGCAUGGGCCAGGUGGUUACCGCUUCUAUCUUUUCUGGGUCAGGGGUGACACCAUCGGCUGACACUAUAUGCCCCAGAUAUUUAACUCUCGGGAGACAGAUUUGACACUUAUCGACUGAAAGUUUUAACCCAACCUCUCCAAGUCUGUCUAGGACCUUGAGAAGCCUUUCUUCGUGCUCUUCAAGUGUUCUACCGAAAACAAUUAGGUCGUCAAGGUACACUAGAACUUGCAAAAGGUUCAUGUCUCCCACAGCUUUCUCCAUUAACCUCUGAAAUGUUGCUGGAGCUCCUGUGAUGCCUUGGGGCAUUCGUUCAAACUGGAAAAAUCCUAAUGGGCAAAUGAACGCCGUUUUUUCCUUGUCCUCUUCUGACAUAGGAAUCUGGUAAUACCCUGAACGCAGGUCAAGCACGGAGAACCACUGACUUCCUGUCAGAGCGUUCAAAGCAUCUUCAAUGCAUGGCGUCGUAUAUUGAUCAGGUAUUGUACGACUGUUCAAUAAUCUGUAGUCAAUGCACAUUCUCACAGUCCCAUUCUUUUUCCUGACAACGACUAUUGGAGAAGCAUAGGGGCUGCGAGACUCUUUGAUGAUGCCAGCUUUUAGCAGUUCUUGCAAAUGCUUUCUUACAUCUUCAAUAUCUGCUGGUGCUAAUCGACGAGAUCUUUGUCGAAAAGGCCUGGAAUCUGUUAAUCGGAUGCUGUGCUCGGUCCCUUUUGCCAAUCCCACAUCCCACUCCUGUACUGAGAAGACAUGAGACUUCUGGGCAAGCUUUCGUCGUAGUCUGUUCUUCCACUGUUCAGAUAUUGUGGAAUCCCCGAAGUUGAUUUGACUUGCAUCAAACUCUGAGGGAGUCUCCUCUUUGGGUGGAAUGUUCUCCACCGAGUCAAUGUGAAACAUACUUCCAACUACUGUUCCCACUGGAAGAGAAAUGUCUCGUGUUGAUUCAUUUUUUACCAGUAUUCGGAAACUGUUGAUUUCUAAUGCUUCACUGGGCACAAUCAUUGGAUGAAUAAACACGUCAGCAGGUAAUGUGGUUACUGGUGCCGUGUCCAUCAUCAGGAUUUCUUGCUCAACUGGGUGCUUUAGGUCAACUUUGCACACAAUUUGCAUCGCUUUAUCUGGUGACAACAACAAAGGACCUGGUCCCAUCCAUCGAACACGCCCAGCUUCGUCGCCUUCUUGAGCUGGUAGCUCAACACUUGACGGCGUACUUUUAUUUGUGCCGACAGAAACACGAAGCCCUAGUGCACUCAUGACAUUAGCAUUGUCUUUAAACUGGUAGGCCAAACGUCUGACGUGGCUUGUGUUGGUGCCAACAAUUAUUGAGGCUUGUCCUUCCACUCUUGGACUGGGACAUAUGAGGGCUAAGACAGUGACUAUUUGACUUGUCCCAAACACCUCAGCUGGAUAUUCAAAGUCGACUACAACAUAUCCACGGUACGGGUAGCUAACAUCUGUCAGACUUAAUCCCCAUAAAUCUAGUCCUUCAACUGGAGAAAUGGGAACAUCAGCCAAAUGUUGCUGGUACCAGGACUCAAAUAUUAUUGUCACCUGGGAACCACUAUCCAUCAAAGCAGUACCUUCGUGCCCAUUUACUUUCAAUGUCACCAAGCUAGGUGGUCCAACCAACCCCUCAGGAAUUCCAGAUAUUUUUGGCACAUCAAUUGCACUUUGUGUGACUGAACAGUUCACCUGAGUUGUUUUGGCCUGAUUGCAUGCUUGACUGUUUUUUGACAAAUUCAGCGCUUGAAUGAGCUUCUUUAUCACUUUAGCUUUGUUUUCCGAAUUUGGGCACUUGGCAGCAAAGUGUCCACCUUCUCCGCAUUUAUAGCAAAAUCGCUCCUCCGAACUUUGUUGCUGGCGUUGUGGAUAGGUGCUAGCUGGUUGGGACAUUUUCACUGAUGAGACAGCCACUUGAGGUUCCAACACUUUAUUGCUGACUUUUUGUUGCAAGCGUUUUAACUCUUUCUUCAAAGCAGCAACUUCUCGAUCAGCGUUACUAUCACUGUCUUUUGCAUUAACGGGACUCUUUGGAGCAUUUGUGGCUUCGGGAGUCGGGUUUGAGACUACUGCAGCUACUAAAGCUUUCAAUUCCUUUAUCUCAGAUUUUAAUUGUUGUAUUUCAGUUGUUUUUACAUCAACAGCUUGUUGUACAUAUGAACUUUGUACAACAGGAAAAUGUUUUCUUCUUGAAGCUUCAUAUUCUUCUUCUGUGCGAAUCUCCUUUAGCAACUGGAGAAACGAUGGGGGUUUAGCUUUUCUUUCUCUUAGUCGAAGAUUAACCAGCAUCAUAUCUGAGGCAACUGCACCCCGCAACAACUGUUCUAACCUUACUUUGUCAGCACAAUUAGCCAAAAGACCACCUCUUUGGACCACCCUACUCAACGACUGUUCUAGACGUCUGAGGAAGUCUGAGAGUUUCUCCGCUGGCUGCUGCUGCAACAAACGAAAGGCAAAAUACAGCUCUUCUCCUGAUUCUGCUGUCCCAAAAGCAUGCUCAAGUGCUUCUAAACAGUCUUCUGGACUUACUUCAGGAUCACCAGUGCGUGCUGCCUGAACAAUAUCAAGGGCUGGUCCUCGCAAACUUUCCAUCAAUCUUCGCCUUUUUUCUUUGCCAGAGCAUUCACACUCUUCCACAAGUAGUCGUGCCUGACGUAACCAAUGUUCAAAUUGUUCCUCUCCAGCCGGAGUGGGCAACAAUCCUGAAAAUGUUCGUAAACGGCGAUAGCUUCCUAAAUCGUUCGACGGUUUAGUUUUGCCGAGCAACUCACUCACUGCUUGUAGAAUGGCUGCUGUAGACUUAGCCGCCUCCUCGGUGUUGGGUGAUGGUGCAUGCGCGUUCGUUGUGGGAUUGCUAUCUGCUUGCUCUUGUUCGGUCAUUUUCCGGUGUGUUUCACUAGUUACUGGAAAGUGAUCAGCUGUGAGCACAGUCCAAGGUCCUCCACCAUCAAUGGGGUAAACAUCAACUGGGACCGAUUUACGUUCGACAGUUUCUUUGCAUUCACACAAAGCUAGAAAUUGUUUCUGUUGUAGGCUUGACGUUCUAGCUCGAACACGUACACGUCCAAGACUCUUCACCGUUUCCAUUGUUUCUUCAAUGGCUUCUGUGUUCACAUCUUCAAACAUGAGCACCAAGACCGCAUGAGCCUGCUCUAAAGACUCACUUUGGCACCAAUCUUUUAAUUUUUGUACUAACUGCACUUGAGUUUCCAUUUUGGGUUUAAAUGAAUCACUGACUAAUUUACACAAUUUACUUACAAAUUUUCACAGAAUGCACAAAAAAUACAAAUUAUCCCAGCGGUGCCUCCAUUUUUAUGUAGCGCCUCUCUAGUGUGACAAACUAUUAUGAGAGGUGGCUAACCUGAGUUCUUUCCCUUUUUAGAAAAAUCACAAUUCAAUUAUCUUAAUUCUUACUAUCUGUUAUAUAGGCAUUCACUGUGAAUUUUGAAAAUAAAUAUUUUCUAUUAAAUUAUCAGUGUUCGAUUUCUUUUCCCUAGUUUCUCACUAUUGCAGUUUAAAAUUCCAAUUCAACCCUCACAAACCUCUUACCAAAUGGCUUAAUAAACACACCAGUUAUGUAUGAACUAUAUACAUUUAAUGAAAAAUAUAGGCAGUUGUUAAAUAAAAUUUGUUCUCCAAAAAAAAAUAAGUUUUAACACAAAUUGUCCACACACACAAGCUAAGCUAUGGGCCCAGAUUAAUAAGUCUAAAGCCGGCAAAAAUUAACUAAAUUUGUCUUACGUGGCUGGCCAGAUUCGCUGCUUGCGUGCGUAGUAGCCUUAAACAAAAUGGCUCCUUCACCCAAAGGCAAAAAUAACUGAGGGUACCUUAAUGAAUCCCGUUUUCUCCAAACACUCAGAAAGGCAAAUGUUCGUUGAACAGGCGAUGCUCCACUCUCUCACGAUGCCCGUAGAAUCCCUCUCCGUCGGCGGGUCGGCGUCGUCCUCCUCGUCGGCUUCGGCGUCGAGUGUCCCUUCUCCCAGUUGGUUCGUCCACAAACGCUUCGCUCACUUGUUUAGCAGGUCGCUAGACGUUUAGCCAAGUGUUGGGGCUCACCACGAGUCUCUUUGUUAGUGACGGGCGUCGCUAGCUUCUCGGUUAGCGACGCGCGGCCGUUAGCCUCUGUGUUAGCGACGAGCGACUGUUAGCCUCUUUUUUAGCGACCAGCUCCACUCGUCCCGCUUGAGUAGACCACUCAAAGCAUCCAACAAUGAUGGUUGACGUCCUCAAAGUCCUCUUUUUGAGCACUUUCGCCAAAAGUCAAUCAACAAAGUCCACAAUUUCUCAGCUCUUGCACUCGGCCGUUCCCAGACGUCUUUCCCCUCAGCCUUCUCGAACGUUCUUCCUCUCUCUCUCUUCGCUCGCUCUCACGCAACCCCGGAAGUCCUUACUCCCAAACGGUCAUGCAAUCAACAUUUUUUAAAUCUAAAUAUACAUCUCUUUUUACAUAUAAUUGUGCAAAACAUCUCAAAAACUGUUUAAAUGAAAAAAUAAAUUACAAACAUGAAAUAAUUUUACAGAAUAGAUUUUUUGCUCAUAAUAUAUAGUAAACACAUAACUUGGUGGUUAAUGGAUGUAAACCUUAUAAACUUUUAUUUCUCCAACUAUUAAUAUAACAUUUGUUUGAAAAUACUGAUGUAUUUUUAACUAUGUUACACUAGCGAACCUAAGUACAGUAAUUUUUUUAAAAUCUAAAAUGCUCCUAAAUCGGCAAAAUCUUAACUUAAAUCUAUCUUUAAAUGAUGAAACAAUUUUAAAACUUACACAUGUUUAAAGUAGACAGAAGGGAACUAAUGCAAUAACGGGAGAAAUUUUAACAACUUUAACGAUUGAUUCACAACUUUAAAUGACUUCCACACAUAGCAAAGGUUACUAGCUAGUUAUCGCAAUACCCUUUUGUCUAGUUAAGUUGAGGGUAAAGAAUUGGGCUAGGGCCAAUUGUCCCCCAAACCCUUUAAGCUUCACAUUGUGUGACCUGUUUUUUUUUUUUUUUUUUUUUUUUUUUUUGAGAAAAAAAAAAAUAUAUCACUAGUUACUUUGCCAAGUAACUAAUUACUCUUACAUUCAGGUAACUGAGUUACUAACGCAAUUACUUUUUGGGAGAAGUAAUUUGUAACUGUAAUUAAUUACUUUUUUAAAGUAAAAUUAACAACACUGCAUGGCACUAAAUGCGUUAGUAGACAGCCGCCAUCUUAAAGCAGUAGACUUUUUAGGACGGCUCUGUUGUAGAGAACCUUCCUAGCGAACCUAAGUAACUUUUUAUCUAAAAUACUUCUAAACCGGUAAAAUCUUGACUUGAAUCUAUCGUUAAAUGAUGAAACAGUUUUAAAACUUUCAUAUGUCAAAAGUAGAGAGAAGGGAACAAAUGCAAUAAUGGGAGCAAUUUUAACAACUUUUAACAGUUGAUUCAGGGUAAAGGGUAAAUUAGGGUAAAGAAUUGGGCUCGGGCCAAUUGUACCAAAAACCUUCACAAAAAACUUCACAUAGUGUGGCCAAUUUUUUUUUUUUUUUUUUUUUUUUUUUGAGGGAAAAAAAAAAGUAAUUAUCACCAAUUACUUUGCCAAGUAACUAAUUACUCUUACAUUCAGGUAAUUGAGUUACUAACGCAAUUACUUUUUGGGAGAAGUAAUUUGUAACUAUAAUUAAUUACUUUUUUUCAGUAAGAUUAACAACACUGGUUAUGAGGUAGAUAUCCGUGACCUGUUUACAGACGGUAAUUUUUUCAUUGUGACGUAAUUUGUUUGAAAGUUAAAAUAUGCAAGUGAAUAAUUUUUUUUUUAAAACCCUAUAUUGCCGUAUGUAUCACAUUGGAUACACCUAAAAUUUCAUGAUUUUGAGACUAAUUCAGUUGUGACAUUUCUUUUUGGAAAAAAAAUGAUGGAUGCAAGUCAACACAUGCAUCUGCAGGUUCCAUGAAAAAAACAAACAGGAUAUAGCAAGGGUUAUAGACCCUACCCACCAACGUCACAAAAUCACGUGAUUGGUGUAUUGUUCCGCCCCAUUGUCUGUCAUUUUGUGUCUGUAUUAGCAAUGGUCUCAAUUGAUCGAGCAAUUCAUAAUGCAUUUCAUGGAAGACCCGGUGCUUUCGGAUGCCGUAAACUCACUGGAUGUGUUGCAUAAAAGGCGUUAUGUGGAAAAGCUUCGUUCUAUACAGUCGCCAGAUCCAUAUUUGAUGCCUAAAUCGAUGUUUUAUGACCCGCUGUCUUCGCCGUCUAUGCCUGACCCUGAUAUUUACAACUAUCUUGUCCACACAAAAUCACCCUAUUCUCACGAAAGUUUGAAAAACUUUAAGAGCUUGGAGGCUUAUAAAUACUUCGUUGCUGGCUGGGUGAAACAGGUUCUCGUCCACGAAAAUUCGGCAGGAAUCUAUCUUGUGCUUGGAAAGGGGAGUUACGAAAUUUUCAAUUGAAAAUCUUUUGUUCUUGCUAACAUCCUCUGUCAAGUCUAAUGUAUUUCAUGUCAUUUGUCAAUGGAGCUAGGGCUUUUAAUGUUUAUAUGGCUUAGCGAUAGCACUCUCACUACAUACAUACGUGUAUGUUGUCGGUGAUUAGCCUAGCAAUGAUCUUAAUUGUGGUUGUCAGCCCAAAACCCUCUAAAUAUAUAUUAAAUGCAUCUUAUCAGAUAUAAAAUGACUACUACAUAAUCUGUGGCAAUCUUUUGGAGCCCAGUUUUCUAGUCGAAUUGCAGCAGCCCAUCUCACUCUCUCCUCUCCGGGUCUCUCGGAAUCCGGUAGAACUUCAAGUCUCUCCGUCUUCUCCGUCUAUCUUCUCUGUUAUUGCAACCGACCGCCACACACGCCUUCACCAUUUUGAUUAUUAAUGUUAACGAGCAGAAAAACACGCCGUAAAUAGGAGGAAUGUACGUAGCCGUAACAGGUAAACACGAUGUGUUGACGGACAAUUGGGCGGCACCAGUCAGGAGGGCGGAGUUGUGACGUCACGUGGGUAGGGUCUAUAGAUAUCUGAGCGCUUAUUACACAUAUUUAUUUUGACUUUUCUUUUUAUAAAUUUGAAGAAAAGGUUUCAUUAGGACCUUAUUUUUCAAAUUUUGGGAUUCUGAUAAUUGCUUCAUUUUGCUGGCAUUAAAGGUUAAAUAUUAGACAUUAAUUAAUGAUUCUAAGCUAAAAAUGACAGAAAUUUCAAAUAUUAAAUACAAUUACUUGCCUUUUUAUGGCUAGGUUGAAACAAAAGCGGUUGCGCGACGUCUGUAAACGGGGGUUUCCAGGGUAAAACGGACAAAUUAAAAAUAGUUAAUGCGCCAUGAAUCUGCUAUGGCAGCACAUAGACAUACAGUGGUACCUCUACAUACGAAGUUAAUUCGUUCCAAGACCUUGUUUUUAAGUCGAAAUGGUCGUAUGUCGAGCAGGAUUUUCCCAUAGGAAUACAUUAAAAUUCCAUUAAUUCGUUCCACACCCAAAAACCUACACUAAAUCCAUAAUAAAUACUGCUGGUACAAUUAUUAUAAAUGGCAAUUAAACAUAGCAAAAUAAAUAAGUUAUUAAUAAAAAUCAGAAUAAUAUAAUAAUGAUAAUAAUAAUAUUAAUAAUAAUAAUAAAAUAAAAAUGAUUCCGUUAAUAAUGUAACAAAUUGGAUUCUAAUGUGGCGGACACUUUUUGCUGUACCUGAAUGCACCGCGGGGCUGACGUCACAGUGAGAUAGGUCAGUGCGGUAGAGAUAAUACUUUCGUUUUCUUGAGAGCACAGUCAACUGCAGAGGGCAAUGGGCGUUUUGUGUUGAAUAAGUUCUUAAAUAAAUUAUAAAAACGUGACGAAGCUGGCGAUUUCUUUGGCGACGUUACCACAAUAAUAAUUGUCACCUUGACUUAUAAAGACUGGCGAACGGUGGUCGGAAGAGGACCGUGGAGCUGUAUUGUUGAGCCAGCUCACGGAUGCGCACCCCACGCUCAUAUUUUUCUAUAAUUUGCAUCUUCAUUUCAAAGGUAAGCAUCACUUUUUUCCUUGUUUCACCAACUGUACCAACUUUUUGGAAACCUGUGUUGAUUUCUCACACAAGAAAAUCCGCCGUGAGUUCGUUUGCGUUGCUGUCGUGUCGUCGUAUUUCGAGCAUAUCGUCGGAUGUAGAAACAAAUGGCGCGUCAAAUUUUACGUCGGAUGUCGAAAAGAUCGUGUGUCGAAGCGAUCGUAUGUCGAGGUACCACUGUAUUGUUCUAUCAAAAACAACAGUUCUUUUGGCUUAAAAUACAGCUGUUUAUUUUUAAAGAGGGGUGCAAGAGCAGAAACUGCUUUUUCAGCCUUGUCUGUGUUUUCCGCCAUAUGCUGUUUUUUUUGUUUUUUUUUUUACCAUCUAUGGGAGCUCAUUUGUUUGUCAGAGCUGGCCUUCUGCUGUUAUGUCCAAUCAGGAGCAAGUCGAACUUUGGCCUUCUUACGCAUUUAACUGUUAGCAAAUAUAAACUGCAAUCUCUACUACGACAAGGGCCAAAUUGUAUGGGCAAGUGGUCAUGUCUAAUCCAAAGUGUUUUGUGUAGAGCAAUAAAUUAGAAUUUUAACCCAACGGUUGUAAUCUGGAUUUAGAAUAAUAUGGAAUAUACACGUUUUUGUGUUUUUGAAUGUGUUUACAUGGUCUUGCAUAACUGGGUUAUUGCCAAAUACCUGAUCAUUGACAGAGUUAUUGACUGUUUGUAAAAGUAGCCACUUCUACUGAAUCAUCAUGGAUACAAGCAAUUUAGUGGUGUAUAAGGAAAAAAAGUGAUUUCAGUGUUGCACGCUAUACUCAAGAAUGCAUUAUACACAAUGAAUAACGCAAUCACUGUACUGAGGAUUGUGUAACAGGCUAUCAGAAAUAUGACUAACGCUUAUUGAUGAGCCAACUUUGAAAACAACUGUGACAAUUUGACUUUUGUAUUGUUUCUAUACAAUAGUGUACACACACACAUAGGCUACCGUGCCUGCCCAAGCCCUCAAGUGUAACAUUAAACAAGCAAUUUAAUCUUUUCUGCUCAUUUCUGUGACUGACAAUAAAUGAUGUGGAAAGAAUUUUACAAAAAGAGUCAUCUUGUGUCACCUGUUUUAACCCUCCUGUUUGUUAUGGGUCAAAUUGACCUGCUGCAAAAGAAUCCAAAAGGAAAAAAAAUGGACAUAAAAUGAGAUAAUACUCAUGCCAUCCACAGUGUUUUAAACUUUACAGUAGGUCAGUUUGACCCUCCUGUUAUGUGGCUUAAAGCAACACUCAGGCUAGGUUCAUACUGCAGGUCUUAAUGCACGAAUCCGAUUUUUUUCGUGUUUUUCCGACCAAAGUCAGGCAUUAACUUGACGGUCUGAACGGGACAAGUCGCAUAGAAGUGGAGCAUUUCAAAUCCGAUCUGAUUCACUUUCGUAUGUGGUUCAAAUCCGAUCUGGUCAACAUUUUUUCAGAACGUGACUGGCGGUCUGAACUGUCAAGACUCCCAAAUCGGAAUUCAUGCAGCAAUUACGUCAGCAAACAGUAAGCCAUGUAGGCAUUAGCGCCUAGCUUGAACUCUGCUUUUAAGCACGAAGCGGGCUUGACCACAGUCAUAAAAAGUAAAAUGAAGAAAAGACUAAGCCUUACAAUUUUCGGUUUUCAUUCUGUGCGCCGAAUGAGCAAUUUUCAUUAUCGCACACAUGGCCGAGUCGGGGAAAACUGACGCAGCUACGUCAUUUCACGCACACACGUCAAGGCUCAUGUGUAUGUGUUCUAUCAGUCUACAUAAACUUUGAAUAUAAGACUUAACGGGGAUUAUUCAUGUUUGUUAUUUGUGUCCUCUUUUUGGAAAUCAAAAUAUGAUCACUCUGGAAUGACAUACAGCUAGCAUGUAAAAAAUGUUUUUAUGCUUCUGCGCAUGAGGGUCUCUCGCAGUCCGAGAUGCGCUCAGCAAAAUUUGUGCGCAUGCGUGAUGCUUGAACGGUCUCAAUGGACAAAGGCAGUCUGAAUGGGUACGCCAAAAAAACGGAUGUGGCAAAAAAUCAGAUUUGUGCAUUAAGACCUGUAGUAAUAACCUAGCCUUUGUAACUUUUCAGUUUGGACGAUUUUAGUAACUCCUGUGGACUAGAGCGGUAGUGUUUUGCCUUAAAGGGAACCUCGGACUUAAAGAGCAUACGACAGGAGAAAAAAAGUCUUAAAUAGCAUUAUUAUGUGAAUUAGAAUCAUAUUUUGAGACGAUUCGACUAUAUACAAGAAUUUAGCAAAGCGCAGAUGACGAGAAAUUAGUCUUUUAAUCUGCCGGUUAGACACGCCUACCAUUAUAGGGCUCUAGCGUCCCCAACAGGUGGAUGACGUCAGCGGGUGACUGGGCUCAUCGGUUUUACUAUUCAGCCCAUUGAGGGGGAAUUAUUCAGAACGAGGAAAACGCGACGAAGAGAGCCGCAAAACGUCAUUGUUUCAGUCUCUCUACUCCAAUAUUUUUACAGGAUAUUCUUUUUAUCCAAGUAUUUUUCCCCAAUAACUAGAUAAAUGGCUUGAGAAGGACCAGUCAGCCCGUCAAGGGGGAACUAUUCACAACGAGGAAAACGCGACAAAGAGAGCUGCAAAAUGUCAUUGUUUCUGUCUCUUCAAUAUUUUUACAGGAUAUUCUUUUUAUCCAAGUAUUUUCCCCAAUUGCUAAAUAAAUGGCACGGUCAUGACAAAUAACAGUCUUGUGCUAAAUGGAAUAUGAAAUCAUAAAAAUGCACUUAUUCAGGACGACAUGGCAAAAUUACUCCAUAAUGGUCAAAACUGUUGACUUCACCUUUACUGUCGCACCUCCCGAGCGAUAUUUUAUGACACCUAAAUCGGACAUAUGUCAUUUCCCUUCCCCGGCUUCGGAGAAUGUAAACAAACCAAGAGGCGUGACAGCUAGCCGACAUGCUAACCCGAACCGUGUGAUGUUUCAAAGUCAUCGAAGCGGAAAAUCACACAUAACUAGCCUGGAUUAUUUGACAUGACGACUGGGUUGUCGAUUGUCUUUGUGGAUCGGCAAACCGCCCGGCGGAGAGCAAUUUACAGUUCGUUCCCCGGAGGAGGGCGACUGCAGUUGUUGUGCAGCUAACGUGCAGCUAAUGUGCAUGAGGAGAGCUUUUUACAUGCCUAUCAAUGAUCAAACGUAAGUAGUCCUUUAUUUAAAGAAAGUUUGUAGUGUUUACUUUGUAAUCGCUGUAUUCGUAUUUGACAUAAUACAAAACAAGAUGUUUACUCACUUCCUCGUAAGUCCAAUGGUCCCACAGUAGUAGGGCUUGUUUUGGCCAAUAUCCACAGUGAAUGGGAACAUUUUGAAACUCCAAAAAGGCGCACACGCCUCUCCCUCAUAAAGCAAGAUUUUUCUGCAGCCGUUAGGCUGGCGUGAUGCGAAAAAUAAACUCAUUAAUCCGCAAAAUCAGCUGAAUCCUUAGUCCUCAUACACAACAGUACGGCUGUUUAGUGAAGAGGACGUCUUCACCCGUACACGUCACAGCGCCCUCCUCCUCAAUGCAAGACUAAAGCCGGAAGUCAUUUUCAUGGCGCGGGAUUCAAAAAACUAAAAUAUAGCGAUCGGUUCCACACACAUCCAAGCGGUCCAUAUCAUUCAGGAGCAUAAAGUACCGCGUGUAUUAUGAAAUAAACAUGCUUUUUCGUGUCACAUGCACUUUAAAUCACUUGUAGGCUCUCUAAUAAGAUACAGUUUUCUUUUACUAAAAUAUGUUAUUAGAGACAUAUGUUAUUAGAGAUUGCCUUUGAUUUAAAAAUGUAAAAUAUUUAGUACAUGAUUUAUGCCCGCAAUGGACGCUCGGGUUGAUGACGUAGUUUGUAGAAGUGUGCAAAAUUUCCGAUUCUUAAAUUGUAGUAUCAAAUUAUUUUAACUCGAGACCCCCUCAAGAUAUAAAAUAGGUGUCAUUCAAUCAGUUGACAUAUUAUCAAAUAUUAUGAAAAUAUUUCUUAAAGGUUGAAAAGUUAGUGUUGCUUUAAAUGAUUAAAAGGUAUGCAUAAGUUUCUUUUUUUUUUUAAUCUACGUUUUAUUUUUAUUAUUUUUAUUCUGUGAUUAAAUGCGAUCUUUUGUCUUGGUUUUUACGUUGUGUUGAUUUAAAUGUGAUUUUUAUGGUUUUCAUGUGAUGUAAAGCACUUUGAAUUGCCUUUUGUUGAAUUGUGCUAUAUAAAUAAAUUUGCCUUGCCUUGCCUUGCCUAUGAACUGCAUAAAAGGUUCCUAUUUUUUUGAGUAUUCUAUGUGUCAUUGGCUGCCAUUGUCAGCGAUAGAUGUCCAAUUCAUUU